ACAGCUUCAGUCGUUAGUCACAGGUCAUUCCGGUAGCAUCUUUCCGAUACAUACUAGCUAGAGACUAAAUGAUGUUGGAAUAUGUAGUUCAAAAUGUAAGUUGGAUUAACUUCCGUUUUUGAUGAAAUGUACGAUGUGGUGAGAUGGUGUGAUUUUAUGUUACAAAUUAAUUAAACUUGAACGUGAUUCGUCCAAUGCCGUAAUAUCGUAACAGGAAGCAGCAGGUAACGGCUACCAUGCCUAGACAAAGUUCUACAAUGCCUGAGUUGACCUAAAAGUUAUUUUCGAUUUCAUACCAAGCACACGAAUGGGUGUGGAAGAAUAAGCAGUGGUAAAGAGAAAAAUUCAGGAUGUAUCGCACCAAGUGCUUACCAAGCACCCGGAAGAAAAUUGAAUGGUUCACCUCGAGAUACUGAUAUCUCUUAUCGGAAGACACGUUGCAAGUGUGAGGGUGGUGUCGCAUGGGAGAGUGCUAUGAUGUGCCAUAUUUUACAACAAGUUAUGUGUCACACUGAUCACCGCCGGUACCGAUGCCAAAAGCCAUAAAUUUCCACCGAAAUGGAAAUCUAAACAUUCCGAAAUUUAUUCGGGGACUGACUGAAUGGGAAGAAGAAAUCAUAAAAACAGCUAACAGAGCUGCGUGAUAAAUAUAGAUCAAAUCGUGGGCAGCGGGUCGGAACGACCAGGAUAAAAACGACCCUAAAAUCCUCGCAAGUGGAGAGCCGAUUCUUGCUCUGUAAUAAAAGUGAGUCGUUUCAUGUUAUCCUCUGUGACAUCGAUAGCAUAGAUCUGUGCAGCAGAAAUAGAAAUAAAGUGAAUUGAUGUAUUGGAAAGCUAAGUUGUUAUCCCUAGGGGUGAUUGUUUUGUAAAUGGAAAUAAAUAAACCUCCUGUUUGAGUGAAGUUUUUCUACAUCGCCCCAACCGAUAGCCCGCGCUUGCAGAUCCGUGUAAAGAACUGCCGGACCUAUAGGACGAGAGUGGAUGGUCCGUCACGGAGGCAGUUUGUUUGCUGUGCCAUGCCAUAGGCGGUUUACAUUCACGUCUGUACUCACCAACAAAGGAAUAGAAACGGCGCACCGGAGAAGCGGAAAAUCUUAGGCUUACUGCUCAUCCCCUUGGGGAACGGUUUUCCGGAGGUGUGAAGAAGCAACAGAAAAGUGGUAAAUAGAAUGAUCCUGUCAAACAUGUUGGAUUUACGACCGGCUCUGGUGCUGACGCUUUUUGCAACAAUAGAAUUCGUGAGCACUCUGAAAGACGUCCGUGUAAGCGUGCCAGCAGCUAUUCGACGCGGUGAUAAUGCAAAUCUGAUCUGCCAUUACGAUAUGGAAGGUGCGGUGCUGUACUCGGUUAAGUGGUACAAAGGAAAGCGGGAGUUUUUCCGAUAUACUCCCAAAGAAAAUCCAGCACUGAAAGCAUUUCCUGUGCUCGGUAUCACUGUUGAGCGUUCACAGUCCAACGGAAGCCACUUGACGCUGACCGCAGUGGAGCCAACCAUGUCCGGCAAAUACAGCUGCGAAGUGUCCGCAGAUUCGCCCUCAUUUCACACGAUGAUCGUGUCCAGCGAAAUGGAAGUCGUAGAUAUUCCAACCAGUAAACCACACAUUACCGGCCUCAAACCGUACUACCGAGUGGGGGACCUGCUGGCGGGCAAUUGCACAUCCCACAACUCGAAACCAGCGGCCAAUCUGACCUGGUUCGUGAACAGCAACGAGGUCAAUCCAAAACAAACGGUACCAUAUCAUAUUUGGAAAAAUUCGGAAACUGGACUAGAAACCUCAACGCUUGGACUAUUCUUUCAUAUGACUCACCAUUACGUGGGACGUGGCAAGCUGAAAUUUACAUGCGUUGCCAGGAUUCACAACGUGUACGAGCAGCGAACGGAGAGGUACGUGGAGGAUGAACGACCCAACACGCUAGCCCCGGCGUCCGCCUCACCGGUGGGAUUAAGCGUGAAUUACAUUCACUCUCUGUAUGACCAAUUUCCGGCGUCUUCCUAUCAUCACCAUGACCACGGCGGUAGCGGAGGUGAUUUUGACAAUCAAAACAGCGACGCCUACAUGACGCAGAUACAAGACAUGUCAUCGUCAGCCGCCAGCUCCAACAGGAUGCGAUGGCCAAUGACCAGCAGUAGGCAACAACAGCUAUUGCUACCACUUCUAUUGCUACUACCCGUUCACAGUGUUAUUAUGCAAAUGGCAUUCUCAAUUCUACCACUGCUACCAGCCGUGUUCGGUUGUGUCCGACGGAAUGAGAACGAGCAUCAGCAGUCUCACUGCCAUCAUCGUCAUCGGGAGGAGCAGCGGUGGACUACAACAAAGCACAAUCAGCGUUUUGCCAAUGUCCUUCUCCCGAGAGUAGCAUGCCCCUGCCGUUAACAUCAACACCUACCCCAUCAUAGUCACCAGAACCACCCCCCAAAACGAAUCAUCGACAAAGGCAAUAACAAAACCUCAUCAUCCUAUGGAACGACAGUUGCUGAUGCUCGUUUCGUGUGUCCGCUUUUCAAUAAAAUGGUCACCGGGACACGCAAGCGACAGAAGCAUGCAAAAAAUGGAAAUUUUCCAACGAUAACCAUAAGCGAAGACAGCUUGAAAUAUGUAUGUUAAGUGUAAAUAUGCAACACACUAGUGAGUAGGUGGCAAACUGUUGGCAUCCCAGGAACGAGCAGUUGUUAGCAGAAUCAACGAGAGAGAGAGAAAGCGCACCUACCGGUCGCCGCUCGUACAAUCUAUAAAUCCAUUUAGACAGUUCUUGCAGCCUGCAAGAUGUUACAAAGUUGUGACCGCGGUUUGGGCAUUGAAAUGAAUAGCUCUAGGAUGGAAGUAUUGACAAAAAACGAAAAAGAAGCGCAAACCAUCACCAGCAUGUGUAAUUGAUUAGUGCAUUCGUUGAUCAAUGCUGCUGUGGCGGUUGAACGAAGAGCUUGGUAAACUUUUUUUCUGGUACAUAUUUUGGCAAUAGCCUAUACUGGCUAUGUAACACAUAGGUAGCGAAUCCUACAGACCGUGGGACGAAUAUGCGAUAAAGGGGCAGCACAGGUGUAUCAGAUUCAUCAAACAAGGGGUGGUUGUGUGCAUCUGUAAAUACGAAUGAGAAUAAAUUUCUGUAUAGGACACUGGAUGUCAUACUUGUACGUUUAGAAGAACUCAACGUUGCGACCAGGGUUGUUAAUCGAUAAUUAAUCGUCAUCGUCGAUAACGUUAACCACCCGUCAACGUCAUCGGAAACUCCGUUAACGAUAAUGUAUCGUCGCCUUCAUCGUCAUCGUCGAUAAUUGUAUCGUCGUUUUCAUCGUCAUCGUCGGUUCAUCGGUUAUCGCGAUACAUUUUGCGUUACUUUCCCGUUUAUUGGGGUUGAAGUUGAUGCGGUUAACUUUCAA